GCACCGCAGUCCGCGCGAGCUGCCGACGUCGGCUUGUUGUCUGACGAUCGCGUCUAUUUGUACGGACGGCGGCUUUCGUAUAAUACCGUAACCACUCUCAGUCGCCUUUGUUUACUCCCCACGCGCGACUAACAGCUGUUCGCAGUGCCAUUACUCUUAGUGCGCUAUCUGUGUUAAAUUAGAAUCAGUGACCGUUCCGUGUUUGUGUUCUGUGUUCAUGGGGCUCGGAGACCGGGCUAGGAGUGUUUGAGUGUGGCACACGGAGCACGCAGCCGUACGGCCAUGGCGGCCACUGCUCGCCGUGAAAUUGACACGGGGGAGGAGGAUAUAGCUGCCAUCGCCAAGCAGAUUUCAGAUCAUGCGGAAGCUAUUUAUCAAACUUGGAAAGCUCGUGGCCUCGCGCCCACGGAGAUACUGUCGUGCAGACCCACGCCCGGACUGAAACUGGCCGAGAGCCUACGGACCAAACCGAAGCCCGAACCGAAGCCUGACUUAAAGCAACGUCCGGAGAUACGGAGAGACCGGCCGGAGUUGCGGUCCAAUAUUCGUACUGAACCAAGAUCGGAGCCAAGACGAGACAUUCGACUGAACCCGGAAAGCGAAACCGUUGAGAUAUCUCAUCCCCCAGACUUAGUACCAGAACGAAACAACGCCGGGUCUGGUAGCAAUACUAGACGCACGGAUUCAGCAGCUAUGAGGCUAGAGGUGGCACGUGAAGAAGAAAGACUCUUAAGGGCGCUCCGUACAGGUGGUAUUGUUGCUGAACGCCCAUCAGAGAGACCUGAUGUCGUGCCUCCAGUUUCACUUGUAGACUACGCUAAAAGCAGAUAUCAGGAUAGAUUAGAUACUGGUGCGAAAAAACCAGCAACGGGAGCCAGUGGAGAAAGAAGGGCUUCUUUUGGUUCUCAUGUGACAGAGGCUAGGUCGAAAUUUGAGGCGCGAGCUCGCCGCGCUUCUAGUGCAGGAACUGGCGAGGCCUCCUCGUCCUCAGGUGCAGGGCCAGUUCGUCCUUUCUUGACGAGGGGCUCCGUGGCUGAGCGGGUUCUCAUGUUUGAAAGAUGUCCCAGCGAAGCAACAUUAGAAUUAGCUAAAAGAAAAUCCCCAGCGACUGCGACGUGGCGAGGAUCCCACGACGUUAUAGGAAGAGCUCAGAGUUAUGCAGCGUCAGCCCCUCAAAAGCCGUCGUCGGCGCCGCCGCAUACAACACUGCAGCGAUCUGUUCGUGCCGCAGGACCGUCCAGGGUCAUACCGCGGUUCCACUUCCCCAAAGGAAGACCUCCACCCGCCCAUCAACAGGAUCACGCCCUACACAAAGUACAGAGCGCCUUCGCAACCUUCCCCAACAGUCAGGUCCCCCGAGAAAGCUUUAAACAUAUUGUGAAAGCGUGCGAGUGUCCACUGUAUUGGAAAAUGCCACUGUUCCUAGCCACGCAGCAGAAACUAAACGCCACUGUUGACGGACACAAAUAUAUCGACUUUUGGAGAGAGAUGACAACACAAUGCCACGACCAGGCCUCGAGGUUCGUAUAUAUCCUGACCCGGGGUAAGAGCAACAGUCUGACGCCGGAGGAUUUCGUUCCCCUGGUUCAGGACGUCGUGGACACCCACCCCGGACUAUCAUUCCUGAAGGAAGCCACAGAAUUCCACUCCCGAUAUGUACAUACUGUGAUCGCUAGGAUAUUUUACUGUGUGAAUCGAACUUGGUCUGGAAGAAUAUCUAUACCAGAACUGAGAAGAUCGAACCUGCUGCAAGUUAUACAGCUGUUAGAAGACGAAGAGGACAUUAAUCAAGUGACGCAAUAUUUUAGUUACGAACAUUUCUACGUCAUCUACUGCAAGUUCUGGGAACUGGAUAAAGACCACGACCUGUUCAUAGACAGACACGAUCUGGCGCGGCACAACGAUCACGCGCUAUCGAGUCGUAUGAUCGAGCGAGUGCUGUCGGGUUGCGUGACCCGUGGCAACCAGAACCGUCUGACAGCGGACGGUGAACCGCGGAUGUCGUACACGGAGUUCGUGUGGUUCCUACUCGCCGAGGAGGACAAGACUCACCCCACCGCCAUCGAGUACUGGUUCAGAUGCAUGGACCUGGACGGCGACGGGUACAUCUCCAUGUAUGAACUGGAAUACUUCUACGAGGAACAGAUGCAAAGAAUGGAAGCCAUCGGCAUAGAAACGCUACCGUUUGUCGACUGUUUAUGUCAGAUGUUAGACAUGGUACAUCCGGCAGAGCAAGGUAAGAUCACUCUAUCUGAUCUGAAGAAGUGCAAGCUGACGCCGAUCUUCUUCGAUACUUUCUUCAAUCUGGAGAAGUAUCUCGACCACGAACAGCGCGAUCCGUUCGCCACACAGAGGGAUUCUGAUUGCGAGAUGUCGGAGUGGGAUAGAUUCGCCGCUGAAGAAUACGAGCUCCUGGUAGCCGAAGAAGGUGGCAGCGACGCGCAGGACCAGAUCUCAUACGAUGAGACCGACGAUGACUGUCUGUCGCCUAAUGUAGAUGACGUCACAAACACGGAGGUUAUAGAAGACUCUAGCGUCGAGGAGUCUACUCUCAGCGAGGGGCUAUCAGCGGCUAGGGGUCGCGACCCCGCCGUAAACCGGACCCCGGCUGGGGGGUUCGUCAACCUAAGCUCCAUAUACUCAAUCGGCAACGAAAAAUGGAACAAAAACCUCCCCGACAGAAAAGACAAACCAAUACCGCCGGAGAAGCCGGUCAGCUUGAUGAUGAUGAACAACAAAAUGGAUAGAUGCGGCCUCGGCAACAACAGCUUCCUCUACUCUCAGCUGUUAAACGCCGGCGGCGCGAGGGCCAAGGAUCCGCCGUCAUACAUGGCGGCCACCGGCGGACAUUUAGCGGACAAGAAUGAUGACGCGAAAAAAACCCCAAAAACUGUGAAGUCGCCAUCGAGCCCGGUGAACGGUGUUAGCAAAAUAUCAGACAAUUACGAGAGAGCCGUCGCGGAGAGACUCAGCCCCCAGCGGGAGGUGGCGAGGUUGAACCGCAGCAGUGUGUUCAGUAAAGUGAAUACCGGUGUAGUGUCUAGUAAAGUGAAAAAAACGCGUAACCAGGAAGACGACGAGGACUACGCCCGAGAGAGCGACGAAUGCUCCAUAUAGAGCAUGUUGCCUCGCCGCUGCGCGUUGCUAUGACUUUGACACCAAAGAUCGCGAAGUGCAAUAAUAGACCGGUGUGAGACGCUGUUUGUUCAUGUUAUGUUUUUGGAGCGUAUCGUGGUUUGUGGUACGUGCCUUGUUUAGAUCGAAUGGUUAAAACGUGGACAUUGUACAGAUUCCAACCGCUCUUCACGGUGUGUUUUAACAUCGCUUCCGAUAGUCGCAUUGUUUUCCUAGUACUAUGGUCGUUUUACAAGGUUUUAUUUAGUGUAGUGGGCAUAAUGAUAUGCAUGUUUCUUUUUCCAAAUAGUGAAAUAUUUAGCGGGACGUAUAUGGCAAAUUAAUAUGAACAAGUUCGUCCAGAAGAAUGUUGCUAAAAUUUUACAGAAUUGGAUCAAUUAGUCUGAUCAUGAUUAACAAGAUGAAUCACUUUGUUGCGUUCCUCUAAAUACGUCACUAUAUUUAGCCUAUAUGUUAUGUCAAACCCAGUACUCUACGAUAAUAGCCUGUAUCUAAGAAAUAGGACUGCGUUAAAUCUAUGUUCCUUUGACAAGGAUUUCUCACUAUAAACCAAUAGAUACUCGUACCUCUCUGACGGCUAUCUUGUUUUAUCGAUCUAUGAUUAAGUAUAAUUUCUCACUGCCAAACAUAUAUAAUUUUUGUUUUUUACAUACAUUAUAUAUAAUUGUAAUGCAAAAACACUUCUUAAUAAAUCAAUCCGUCAUCGCAAAAAUCAUAUCAUCACUCCAUCCACAGAUAAAUAUUUUGGAUACGAAAAUAAAAAUGUAGAUUAAAUAACCACGGCCGUGCUUUUUUUGAUAGGAAAUUAGAAAACACGCACAGAUAUUGAUUUAGAUAAAAUAUUUUUCUAAAGGGCCUCCUUAAACGUUAAAGCUAGAUAAAUAGUGUCAAAUUAAUACAAUAAUAAUAAUAAUAAUAAUUUAGCACUAUAUUAAAUUAAUUGAAACGUGUAGAUCUAUCAUAUUUAUUGCAAGUAUUAAAUUUUUUAAAUAUUUUGUGUAGUUUUGUAUGAAGGUAGCGAAUAGUUAAAAAAAUAUUCUUAAUAAUUCACCACGUAGCUAUACGAGAAUCUCAUUUUUUAUUGAAAAUAUGUCUUAAUUCAAAGUAUUGAUCCAUUCAACGUAUACUUUUUACGAUUAUAUUUUUUGUCUGUGGGUCACAGAUAAAAAAUGUCGCAUUGUCUUAAAUUGUAUUGUUUAUUAUUUUUUUAUAUAAUCUUCAACGAUUUCACUUUAUCGUCUUAUUUGUCCUUCCGAAUGUUUUAUCAUGUGAAUUACUUAUCUGUUUUAAAAUACCGGAAUUAUAUACAAGAAUAAUCAGGUUCAGCUGUAAAUAUGCUUGGAAGUUGUAGAUAAUUCUAGGUAGGUCUCGUUUCUCUCUAGUCUACAGGGUGCUGAACACAAACCUAUAGGUCUACCCAGAUGAAUACUUUAAUUUACACUACAGAUAUACCAACAACGGCCAAAGAAUCGGUUGUUUGAACUACCUAUGUUGAUUUAUCAUUUUUAGGUUAUGAGUUGAAUGUUUUUUUAGAUUAAAAGUUUUUAUGAUUGCGUUAUUUUUAAGUUAUAAAAUUAUGUUUACAAUUAUUACUAUAAUAUUGUAAUUUAAUGUAAGCCAAAUUAAAAAUAAUGUAAACACGCCUAAUUCAUAACAAUCUGACGUUACUAAUAACUAGUCAUUUCAAUUUCUUUUUAACAAAUCAAUGAACUAACCAAUCGUAUUAACCAAAACUAUUGUUCGCAUAUAAUUUUUUUUACAAAUUUUAUAAAAACGUUGUAAGUCUUAAUAUACUUUUAACAUUCGAUCUUGAUUUUGUCGAAAUCGAUCAAAUUUAUAGUUAAUUUAGUUAUAGAGUAUUAAUAAGUUUUUAAAACAAACUUGAAUUGACAUCGUUGAAGUUCAUUUGAAUUUAAGUAUAUUUUAUUAGUAUUAUGAUAUAUUUGUAUCAUUAUUUUUAAGAAAAUGCAACUAAUUUAGGUUAAUAGUUAAAAAUGUCUUACUUCAGGCGUGUGUUUAGUUUACGAUGUAUCUGAGAGGGAUUUUUCCAAAUAGCACCUUAUAUAAGAGGUUAGUUUUAAUAGAAUUGUAGCGGAAUACGAGUUAAUGUUUAUUGUUUGUACAAUGUUUACUAUUAAUUUAUUUUAUAAGGCAAAUAAAAGCCUAAUAUUAAGCCAACGAUAUCUUCCACGUGCCCCAAGUCACUGACAUGUAUGAGUGCCAUUACCAACAUUAUAAAGAUAGAUUACUAAAGAAAAGUUUUAAUAUAUGAGUUUGUGAAUUAUUUUGAAUAUAUAUUUACUUGCAUUUUGGUUUUACAACGUCCUCACUAUGAUGAAAUAUUAUAUAUAUUAUAAAUCAUAUUAUGUUAAGUAAGAUAAUUUUCCAAUAAUAUUUUAUGGGUACUAAAACAAUUUUGUUUAAGUUAACAGUUUGUAACUGAAAUAAUUAUAACUUUUCGAUUAAUCGAAACUCGAUACAUGAAUUUCGUGUCUCGUAAUAAUAAUAUUUAAAAUUGUUUAUAUAAUGUCAAUAUUAAACUAAUUCGAAAAGAUUUCGAUGUUAUAAAUAUGUUUUACUUGGUAAUCUUGCUCUCGAUUAUGUAUUACACAAUGUUUACUGUUUUGAUCGUGUAUUACGCAACUUAAAAAUAUUAAUUAAGAAUUAAGUGUACACGUCAGAUUUUUACAAGUGUUGGAAAAGUCAAAGACGUAGAUUUGUUGUGUUUCAAACUACAGGUGACAGACCUAGUUAAUUAUCCUAAUAAAGUACAUUAUGGUAUUAAUUAA